AUGGGGCUUACCAAGAAGAUGACGAAGCAGGAGGUGCAGGACAGCUCCUUCACUUACAUGAGCAGACACAGACGAGGCCUGCGGGAUUCCCAACCUGGCACAAGGCGGGAUUCCCAACCUGGCCGGCCUUUUGGACACUGCAGUUUGGACCCUUCAGACGUGUCCCAGCAUCACCCGUCCCAGACAGACGGACACCACGGCAGCGUGGCCAAGGAUGGGUCCCGGGAGCUGCACACAGGACGUGGGAGGGGAGCAGAGGCCAUGCCCGACACUGGAGGCUGGCUGGGGGUCCCUGAGGGGCAGAACGAGUUGAUCACGGUUCGGGAAGUGCCAGCCCGCUGUCACUGUCACCGCGGGGUCUCGGGCUGCAGCACGGGGCCCCAAGGGACACGGGGGGCAGAGGAGGCAGCGCCGGGGCUCUCACAACCGGUCCCGGGCGGCGGGUCCCCGGUGCGAGUGGGCGCUCCCGGGUACGAGUGCCCGGUCCCCGGUGCGAGUGCCCGCUCCCGGUGCGAGUGGCCGGUCCCCGGUGUGAGUGCCCGGUCCCCGGUGCGAGUGCCCGCUCCCGGGUACGAGUGGCCGGUCCCCGGUGCGAGUGCCCGGUCCCGGCCGAAGGGUGACGGGCACCGGGACCGGAGGGGCGGGGCCAGAUGCAGGGGGCGUGACCAAAGCGUGGAGGAGGGGCUGCGGGGCGGGGCGGGAGGCGGGAUCCCGCCGGCCGCAGCCAAGCCGGGCCGGGGGGCACAGGGAGGGGCGAGGAAGGGCUGCCUCGCCGGGGUCGCCGCCGUGGCGCUUUUGCUGCCCCCCUCCCCGUUCCCGUCUCGUCGAUCGCCCCGUUUUGUCCCGCAGGCACCGGGCGGCGAUGGGAGACCGCGGGCUCGGGCCGGUCGGCCCGGCGAUGAGGAGGUGUCCAGCGACUCCGAGACAGAGAGCCCGUUGCUGGGGCGGCGGCGGCGAGAGGCAGCGGAGGAGGAGGUGGAGGAGACGCCGCAGGAGAAGAAGCUGCGCCUGGCCAAGCAGUACCUGGAGGAGCUCCGGCAGCUCGAGGAGGAGCGGGCGGAGGAGGAGGAGGAGCUGGAGCCGGCGGAUCUCAUCGGCGACCGGCUGAAGGAGGACGUGCUGGAGCAGAGAGGCCGGCUGCAGCGCCUGGUGGCCAAAGAUGUACAGCCUCCAGAUCCAGCCAGGAUCCGUGUGCUGCGGGGACACCAGCUACCCAUUACCUGCCUUGUCAUCUCUCCUGACGACAGAUUCAUUUUUUCUGCUUCCAAGGACGGCUCCCUCAUCAAAUGGGAGGUGGACAGUGGGAAGAGGCUGUGCGUGGUGCCCGGGGGCAAGAAGGGCACGGAGGAGCGGCACAUGGGGCACGCGUCCCAAGUCCUUUGCAUGGCCAUUUCGUCGGAUGGCAAGUACCUGGCUACAGGAGACAGGAACAAGCUGAUCAUGAUCUGGGAUGCAGCCACCUGCAAGCGCCUGCACAUCUUCACGGGGCACCGCGACGCCGUCUCGGGCCUGGCCUUCCGAAAGGGCACACACCAGCUGUACAGCGCUUCCCACGACCGCUGCGUCAAGGUCUGGGACGUGGCUGAGAACGCCUACGUGGAGACCCUGUUUGGACACCAGGACAUCAUCACGGGGCUGGACAGCCUGAGCCGGGAGUGCUGUGUGACAGCGGGGGGACGGGAUGGCACCGUGCGGCUCUGGAAGAUCCCUGAGGAAUCACAGCUCGUGUUCUCCGGGCACCAGGGCUCCAUCGACUGCAUCCAGCUCAUCAACGAGGAGCACAUGGUGUCUGGUGCUGACGAUGGGUCCUUAGCCCUGUGGGGGCUGACGAAGAAGAAGCCGCUGGCGCUGGCUCGGCAGGCGCACGGUGAGCAGGACGCCCAGGGCCUGCAGCAGCCCUUCUGGAUCUCAGCCGUGGCUGCCCUGCGCAACAGCGACCUCCUGGCCACAGGGUCCCACAGCGGCAGUGUGAAGCUCUGGAAGUGCGGUGAAGGAUUUCGGAAGCUGGAGCACCUCUUGGACAUCCCCUUGGUGGGUUUUGUCAACAGCCUCAAGUUCUCAGCAGCUGGUGACUUCCUGGUGGCUGGCAUCGGGCAGGAGCACCGGCUGGGACGGUGGUGGAGAAUCAAAGAAGCCAAAAACAGCAUCUGUAUCAUCCCCCUGAAGCAGAAGACCACAGCCUCUAGCCCUGAAGAGGGCUCCCCUGGCAGCUCCUAGCCCUCUGUCCCUGGAGCCACUGGAGCAGGUCCUUCUGUCCCUGGAGCAGUGCCCCACACCCUUGGUGCAGCCACCACCAUGCUCAGCAGGAUGUGAGUGGGGGUUGUUGUCACACGGCCCCUGAUUCUGCUGCCCCCCAUAUCUUGAUGUGGCUCUGCCCUCUGCGAGGGUCUGUUCCCUUUUCUCAGGUUUGGCUGUACCUGAGCUCUGGAACAAUCCAUUUUGUAAAAAAAAAAC